AUGGCCUUUGCAACUGGCCUGGUGGCUGAGUUCCAGGAAGAGGCCAUCUGCCCCAUCUGCCUGGAUCACAUGACAGACCCAGUGACAAUUGCCUGUGAGCACAACUUUUGUCCCUCUUGCAUCCUCCAGCGCUGGGAAGGCCUACAGGGCACUUUUCCCUGUCCUGUCUGCCUUCACCACUGCCCUGACAGGAGCUUGAAGAGGAACCCCCAAUUAUGUCACGUGAUGGAGACUGUUCAGCAGUUUCCCACCAUGAAGGUAAAGAGAAAAAGGCAAGAGGAACCCCUGUGUAAGAAGCACCAUGAGGUUCUGACUCUGUUCUGUGAGAAGGACCUGGAGCUGCUGUGUGCCCAAUGCAGGGUCUCCCCUGAUCAUGGGGAUCACCCCCUGAUGCCCACUGAAGAAGCUGCAGCUACUCACAGGAGGAAGCUCAAGAGCUGUAUUGUGUCCUUUAGCAAGCAGAUUAAAGAUACUGAAAAUCGGUCAGAAAUGCAAGUUCUGAAAUGUUUUGAAUUAAGACAGAAGAUAGAAAAUCAAAAGGAUGAAUUGCAAACUGAAUUUAAACAACUUAAACAUUUCUUGGAAAAGAAACAGAUGGAAACUCUUACUAGUUUCCUAAUUGAAGAAACAAAAAUUCAAGAAAAAUUAAUUGAGGAGAAAAACCAAAUAUCAAACCACAGUUCCAUAUUAAAUAGUCUGCUUAGUGAUAUUAUCAGUAAGUGUUUGCAGACAGACGUGGAUUUACUCGCUGGUAUUAAAAGUAUCUACAACAGUUAUGAAAACCUAGAGACCCCAUCCAUCUUUUUAUAUGAGUUAAAGGAGGAGAGUUUUGAACUCCCCCCAUAUUUGGGCCUGCAUAAAAUAAUCUGCACGUUUCAUGUAGAUUUGACAUUGGAUCCUGAAACUGCCCAUCCAAGUCUCUAUAUCUUAAGAGAUAGAAAAAGUGUGGCCUAUAGAACAUCAUUUGGUCGUCAUAACCUUCAGGCACCCACUUCUUGCGCAGCUGUCCUGUGUUCUGAGGGAUUUGAUUCUGGCAGGCAUUUUUGGCAGGUAGAAGUAGGAGGCACAGGGAUGUGGUCCUUGGGCGUGUGUAAGGAAUCUUUGCCCAGGCAUGCUCUUAUGUCACCAUUCCCAGUAAAUGGCUGCUGGAAACUUCAGCUCUGGGCUAAUACAUCUGUCACAUGCCGUUCAGUCAACUGGGAACGGAUAGGCAUUUUUCUGGACUAUGAGCUGGGAGAAGUUUCAUUUUAUAACUUAAGAAAGAGAUCACAUUUGUAUACUUUCAGCGAAAGUUUUACAGAAAAACUUAUGCCCUAUUUCUGCCUUGGACCUUCUUCAAAAUCACUUGUAAUGCGUAUAGCCAAAGAUGAAUGA